AUGUCAAAUGCUACCAAGAUGCCUGAGCAGCAAGUUAACACUUCCUUAAAUCUUGUUUCAUUUGCAAACCGGGUGAUGUUUCACUUAAAAGUGAAAAAGUAUCUCACAUAUCAAUUGGCAAAUAGCAAGUAUGCAAAAAAGGUGAAUGUCUCCAGUCAACAAUCUGCGAGGUGGAUUCUGUCACUCUUUGCCGAUUUUGGUGGCAGCAAAGAUGAUAGAGAGAGACAGAAAUUGCUUGAUUAUGUGAGGCGUUCUGCCUCUCGGAAGUACGGCAAACGAGAGAAAGUGAGAGGGAAGAAACGGCAGGAUUUUCUUGAUUCUUUAUUUGAGUUGCCCAGCAAAGAGCUGGGGGAGAGAGAGAACCAGCACCCGUCCACUGAGGACAGCCGCACCCUCACAAAAAUCGAAGUUGAUACUGACCUUAAAACUAUGGCCAAAGUAAAAGGAUCUUAUUCUUUGCGUCGCCACAACCAAAGCUCUCUGGAGUUGAUGAUGGAGUGUGAAGAAGAUGAGUUGUCUCCCUGGCAGCUUGAAGCCUCACGUCGAGCACUCGAUGAUUAUGAAAAGGCAGUGCAGCGGAUCAAAGCGGUCAAAGCACGUCAAAUGAUACAACAGCAGAAGGCAACAGCUGCACCUCCCACUCCACCACCUUCCACAAGGAGUUCAUCCCCUGAUGUGAUCAUAGUAGGUGAAACCCCAGCUACACGCACACAAAACCAGAUAUCUCGAACAAGUGCAACACAAAUUAAGCCACAGCUCCAUAGCAGCCAAAUUCAAUCUUCAUCUGUGCCUACCUCAAUGAUAACUGCCAUCAACAACCCCCACACUGCUAAUGUGCCUGGUGGAAGUGUUCAGGAAUCACAAAGGAGAAUGGUGGAAUCAUCUGGUGUGAAAGCUCUAUCUCAACACCAGUCACAGCAACAGGAAGUUCUGCCUAAAGCCAUAUCUUCAAUCUUGGCCAACCACCAACAACAAUUGCAAUCAGAAAUUGCUAUUUCUCAGGGCCAGAAUGAAAAGAUUGUGACAGGUACAUAUGGCUAUGGUGUUAAAAGAGCUGAUGAAGGUGAUGUUACUUUUGCAAUUAAACGCCCAUCUGAUACAGAGUUGAUUUCAUCUCCACCUAAGAAGAAAGUCCAGCGUAAGACUUCUGCUGAUUCCUCUGCAGGGAACUGGGUACCAUUAGAUGAAUACUAUUAUGGAAAAAUGGAAGGAGACCCUAAUUAUUGGGAAGAUAAAGGCGAAUAUCGUUUUAAGUGUUGGUAUUGUUCGAAGAUGCUAUACAACAAUGUUCGCACCAUGAUGCAUAUGCAGGGUCACAUUGAUAGUGAAAAACAACAAAACUUGGAUCUCAGUGAUCUGACCCAGUGCAAACAUUGUUACAAACAAUUUGAUACACCAUUUGAGAUGCAAACUCACAUUGAAAAAGUACACAUGAAUAAUGCCAAUGUACUUUUGUGCCGCAUUUGUGAGAAGGACCAUGACAGCCGACAAGCUCUGACCAACCACAUGCGUCAAGUGCAUACUGCAUGUGAGAUGCCAUACAUUUGCCAAAUGUGUAACUUCCGUUCCUCCAUGUACAGUGAUGCAGUGGAUCAUUUCAAGAAAAAACAUGACAGCUCCCAAUUUAUUCUGUGCCUGUACUGCCUGAAGGUAUUCCGUGUCAAAUUUGUGGCCAAUGGCUGGGGACAGACUCAGAUGUAUUAUCACCAUCUGUUGAAGCAUCAGUCAAAGACCAACUCCCGCAAGUGCCCAAUUUGCAAGUUGACUUUCUUCAAUUCGAUAGAGGUGAAAACUCAUAGAAGGAAAGACCAUCAGUCCAACCAGAAAGGAGUCAUAGGUAUGAAUGCAAAAUACACAACCCCAGAUCAAGUAAUGAUCAAAGUACCAGAACCAGGGGUUGCACCCUGCAAGGAUAAAGGUGUAAAAUCCCUUAAUGCUCCUGCUCUUACUAAAGUGAUGGACUACCAUAGUAUGAAACUGCCAGAAUCAAUGGAAUCUCUCAAAUGUAUAGAAUGCAAGACAUCAAUGAAUACUGUGGGACAUUUCAGGAAAUAUAUUGAAUGUUCCAUGUGUCGAUUUGCUACAAGUUGCAGUACAGCCUAUGCUACUCACAUGAUGGGUUUCCACUCAGGUAGGCUGACCAAUGUCAGCAUUAACAUUCCCACUGAGAAACCAAUGGAGGAACCUAUGUACUGCUUGUGUGGAUUUGGUAGUAGUUUUGGAAACAGAAUAGCUAACCACAUGGUCUAUUGUAUAAAGAAGACUUGUUAUACUCAGAAACCUGAGGUGGACUGGAUUGAAGUGGAUGAAGUAGAUGAAGAACCAAACUAUGAUGAUCCUCGUCGUCGACCGGGGGCUUCCAUUCUGGACGUGCUAGGACUGGUGAAGAAGCAAACCUUGCUACCAGGCAUUUACAGGAGAUGUGGGCCUGCAUCAUACCCCCAGAGCACGCUGACAGUGGGUUCCCCAUUAAUGAAAAGCAUUGAGGCUGGUAGUAAAACCUUCACAGAUGAUAGCAAGAGUCCAGCUACUCCAUCUGAUGAUGACAGUCCAAAACCAUCUGACCAGGCCAUAACACAGGGAGGAGAUGCUACCAAGGAUGAAUCAACUCCUGCAGAAUCCAUGUCUGAGGAAGGAGAUGUUGAUGCAGAAUUUACCAAUUGGCGAAAAUUGUGUAUUGAAGAGUUUGAAUUGGAACCAGAGAAUAUCGAGAAACUCAUCAAUAGAGACAUUGCUGAAGAGUGGACUCCUGAAGAAUGGAACAAGCUCAAGAAGAACUGUGUCUCGUAUGGUUUCUGGUUUGCAAUUACAGACUACAUUUAUUCAUGUGAAGACUACACAUUUGUCAAGAUCCUGCCUAAGAUAUUUGAGAAUCUCUUCUUGGAUCCACCCGAGAACAUCUCCAACUUCCUGUCCCGUAUCCGCCGCAGGUUGAAGCGAGGUGGUGUCGACUGGAUAAAGGAGACUUUCUUGGAGCAUCACUCCAACAUUGGCCCCUUGUGUGAAAAGCUGUCCAUCGACACAGAUGUCCUGGAGGGACAUAAGGAAUCUACUGUUUCUGCAAACCAAAUAACCAAAGCGGUUGCAUUGGAAUUGCUCUACUACAAAAAACGAAAUCCACAAUACACCUACUCUGACCUUUCUGUAUGGAUUUUGAACAUUUUCUUGCUGCAGACACCUCCAAAUCCAAGAGAUCUUCGUUUCCAGCUGGAAGGUAUUCACCGUUUAAAGAAUAAGCUGCGUGGUCACAAAGUGGAAGUGCUAAAACUUUUAAAGGAGCCAUUUGAGCCUGUUGAGUCGAGGGAAAUUGAAUCAACUCUGGUAGAAGAUGAAGAUCUGGAAGACUCGAGGGCCAAUGAAUCUCCAGCUAUGUCUGACUCGGUAGAAGACAGUAUCAAUUCUGUUUCAACUGAUAAAAAAGACACCAGAGAUCUCCUUUAUGAAAAGACUUCACUCUGA